AUGUUUAGUAAAAGGAACCCAGUUGACGUGAAAAAGUCAACUUCUAAGCUACAAGACCCCAAAAAAGAUCUUGCAACGAGAAUCAAGCACUUAAAGAUUAUAUUGGACAAUGUGGAUCAUGCAGAAUCCAAAGGGCUCUUUGAAGCUAACUUUAGCCAUGUCUAUGGGGUACUCUAUGAUAGUUUUAUUCAAACAGAAACAAAUCUUCGACAAAGAGAACUGUCUUUUCACCUGGUUCACAAAGCUCAUAAAGAGGAGCUUGACAGCACGUUGUGGAUCCUAGAGCAGAUUCUCAGCCUACUGCCCGAGCUCAUACACAAGCGAUGGCAGCUCCACUCGCUCGGCCGCCUGCUCUCGAAGCUGCUGCACCCUGGCAACGCGCUCAAGCUGCGCCGGCAAGCGAUCAAGUACUUCCUGAUGUGGUACCAGGCGCUCAACGACAACGCGCCCGAGUACGUGCAUAACAUGUUUGCCACUCUAGUACCCGGUUUUAACAAUAACAUAUCGAUCCACCCGCAAACCUUCGGGGGCAGCGUUUUCCACGACACGAGCGUGCAGUAUCCCGUAACCGCCGCCGAACUCCUACCCAUAUUACCGCCGUCCAACGCCGAAAAGGCGCCCGAUCACCCGGCCAAAUUCUUCCUGGAAACCUUGCUCGAAUACAUGAUCGGCACGGUAGUGAAACUCGAGUGGCACGACAAACCCGCGCACCACCACAGGUGCUUCAACUUCCUCCUGGAACGCUUUAAGAUGUACUAUUUGCCGAAGAUCUGUCCCGGGUUUUGCCACGAGACGUCCCUCUACAGGCCCAACUUGGAGUUGCCGAUGAUGCGGAGGAUGGAAGCCGAGACGGAGUUCAUCUACUGUCGGGUCACUUUGAUAAUGUGGGUGGCGAAUUACGUUCAUCAGACGAAACGGAAUUCGGAUCAUCUGAUUGCACCGCCCCCUGUCGCGCAUUCUUCGUCGCAUCACGAAGACGAUUCGCACGACAGUAGUCAUCCCAGUUUGGAUUCAACGGUUUCAGUGCAAACAAACAAAAACGCGACGGACGAGCAGCUGGCCGCACAGAUCGUGCGCGACGUGCUGUGCAGCACGCGCGACAACGUCAACUUCGUGCACGAGAUGUACCGGCAAGCGUUCCUGCUCAACUUCAGCUACGUCGUGGCCAUCCGCAAGAUCAUCGGCGUCUACAAGGACCUCAUACAGGGCAACGUGAUCGAGAUGCCGGCGUACGCGCUCGAGCCGCCCGAGGACGCGCCGCGCGUUUCGGAAGACGACAACGGCCGGCAGGGUCGGUUGAGGAACGACUCGUACCUGGGCGCCAUCCACAAGGAGAACCUGCUGGUCAGGGCGGGCAUGCAGAACGUCUACCAGCUGUUCAUGACGCACGCGGCGAACGUUUUUCUCUUGGAGGUCAACGCGCACAUUCCCAAGAUGCUGGAGGAGCAAACCGACGCCUGCAAGCGGGUUCUGAACAUCUACAGGUACAUGGUUAUGAACACCAGGAUGGACAGUAACACGUGGGAACAACUCCUGGUGGUUCUCCUUCAAAUAACCUCUCUGGUGUUGGGAGACACGCCGCCGCGCAAGAAAGUGUUAACCCUCGGUGGAAAAUUGGCUCCAGCCAUUUUUCAAACCUUAAUAGUGACCUGGAUCAAGGCCAACUUGAACGUGGUUAUAUCCAGGGAGCUCUGGGAUCAAUUUUUGAUGGUACUCACCAGUUUGACCACGUGGGACGAGCUUAUCAAAGAAUGGGCUAAAACACUGGAAACUUUGACAAGAGUGUUGGCUCGCCAAGUUUACAACCUCGAUUUGACGGACCUGCCGUUGGACAGGCACAAGUCGAAACGGGGCGGUAGGCGCACGAACCAGCAGGCGGAAAGCAACGCUGGACCGUGCAGCGCCACCGACGGCUCCAACAACCGAACCGCGUGCCGACAGGACUCGAUUUUGCCCGAGGGCAACGGCCACUCGAAGAGGAUGAGGCCGGGCUUGAGGAGGAGCCUCAGCGAAACCAGUUUGGCCGUGAAACGGAGGAGUCAUCAUGGAGAAAGAAACUCCAAAAACCGUCGUUCCCGCUCGCUGGACAACUUCCCGGUGCAGGACACCGAGUCCACCGACAGGACGCGAUCGCCGAGUCCGGCGCCCUCCAGCGGCAUGGAGAGCAACUCGAUCAAGGACUCGCCGAUCCAGCUGGACAUGAUCUCCAACGACACGCACGUGACGGAGACGCCCGGCGACAACCGAGGCGUCGUGUGCGGCGGCAACCUGCGCGGCUGGCUGCCCGACGUUGCCGUCAUCCUCUGGAGGCGAAUGUUGGGCGCCCUGGGCGACGUGAACCAAAUCAGCGAGCCGAAGCUGCACAGCCAAGUGUUCGAGUACCUGAUCAAGCUCACCGACACGCUGAUCAAGAUCAAGCGCAACCAGGGCGUGUCGACGGACAACAUGUCGACGCCGCAAGCGCCCGAGUUGAUUCCGCCGCUGACGCUCAUCCUGCCGUGGUGCUUCGGCGCGCUCAUGCAGCCCGACGCCUUCCAGGGCGGCAAGCUGAACGCCUUGAGGUUGCUGUGCACGAUCACGUUGAAUUGCGACGCCAAGCACAGGACGUAUCUGCCGCAGUUUUACAGGUUUUUGCAUUCGGCUCUCACAGGGACAUCAGAAGCGGCCCUAAACACGACUCUAAAGGCACUCGGGCCAAGAUUCCUCUCUCUUCAACUACCCGGUUCGUCCCUCUUGCUUCUCGAUUUGGUUCACGGUUGCAAUUCGGUUUUGAACGCGACGGAAAAUCUGGACAAGAGUCCCAGAACCGAAGCCGUAUCGAUUCUGGCCAACUUGCUGUCUCUUCCGGACGAUUUAAGUUCCAUCAGCGUACUGCGCCCCGAUGCCACCGUCGAAGUUAUCAGCUGCCCCGAUAUAAAGGAACAUGUGGUAAGCAUAUUACUAAGAGCUGGAAGGCGCGAACCAAGUGGCAGAGCUAGAUGUAUAGCUCUAAACGCGCUGGGAAUGUUUGUUUAUAAGGAAUUAGCCAACCAAACCUUCCACCCAAAACUAUCAGACGCGUUAAACGUCCUUCUUCUUGCUUUAAAAUUCAACGUGAAAGUCAUAGCACAACUUACCAGCAACAUCUUGUUCCUCCUCUGCGACCACGCGCCUUUAUUGUGGACUCAGUACCCGAGAUUAGGCAACAGUGUAAUCAGGACGUUGUGCACUGCGUUAUUUAGGCACGCGCCUUUGGUUUCCACAGCCGGCGAAAGCGAUAAAGCCUUGGGUACAGCUCUGUUACUUUGUUUGGGAGAGUGGUGCAUGAAAUUGGGACCGGUUAGGUUGUUGGAGGUUUCCGAGUAUGGAGAGACCAGAGGAACGUGUUUGCUGCUUCAAGUUUUUACCGUUCUGCAUAAAAUCAUAAUGGGCGUGGCCUCGUCGGAAAACCCAGGCGGCUUAUCCCAGCCGUCGCUCAGCGACGACUUCGAUCCGAACAUAAUAUCCGACGACCUGGGCAUGUCGGAUUUGUCUUCGUCUCCGAAAUCGAACGGGCAAUGCGAGCAGGCCAUCGUGCUGUGCGCCAAAACCGUGUUGGCGCAUCUAGUGACCCACCUGGGACACUUCCCGAUGGCGAUCGGGGCCGCUCGGCUGAGCUCGCUGGUGGUGGAGCACGACGACGUCCCGAACCUGAGCGCGGACGAUCUGAGCUCGAGUAUUUUCACCGCGCCGAACAUACAACUGUUUAUUUUGACGAAGAACGUGAUCUCGAGUCUGGUGGAGUUGCCGGCGUUGGAGUUACCCGGAGGAGGAGUUACCGCGGGUCUGUCGACGGCCGAUAAGCAAGUCAGGGUUAUUUUGAGGGAUCUGUCUGGCAAAUCCAGUUGGGAUGCUUCUAUACUGUACAAAACGCCCGGUGUAGAAGAAGGGGAUCAAAACACAAAUCAAACAGACGACAACCCGAAAUGGGGUCAAAUAAGUUGCAUCCAGCCUGAAAGCCUGAUGGUUGCAAACUUGCACACCCUACCGCAACACGCCAUGAGGCACAGGCCACCGAACGUACUGCCGGAAAUAUCGAACUCCGCGCCGGAUUUGGACCAACUGGACGAUCUGCUUCAGUACCUGGGCCACGCGAGUCCCGAGUGCCUCGAGGACGUCGGGCGCAAGCUGAACGAGCCCGCUUCGCCUCCCGUGUCGACCGAUCUCGAGUCCGAGGCGAUCCAGUCGGUGAUCAGCCAGCGCAACGUCGAGGUGGAGGAGAGCCGGUGCGCGCAGAACGCCGACGGGAUGCUCGCGCAGGCGAUCAGCAGGCCGAAGAGCCGCGCUGAGAGCGAGCGCAGGGAUUCGUCGCUGGAAACUGUCUCUAGUCAACAAGCGCCGAACGGCGUAGUGGAGCAAAAAGCUUUUCAACAAUGCCGUUUGCUGUUCUCGCAACUCGGCUUGUCCGGUUGGGAACGCAGACAGCAGCUUCAUCUGCUAAACAAAACCGAACGGCUGCUCAGAGAACUAAGAAAUCUCGAUCAGCAGGGUUGCAGAGAAACACACAAGGUGGCCGUGAUCUACGUGGCACCCGGGCAAGAAGACAAGAGCUCGAUUUUGGCGAACGAGGGCGGCAGCGCCGCCUACGAGCAGUUUUUGGCGGCGCUGGCUUGGGAAAUCGAGCUGGAGGGUCAUACCGGUUUCAUGGGCGGCCUGAAUCGGCAAGGCUCCAACGGUUUGACCGCUCCCUACGUCGCUACCAGCUUUUUAGAGGCGAUUUUCCACGUGGCCACGAGGAUGCCCGGGGAAACACCGGAAGCUGUGCUCGGCAAGACGAGACAUUUGGGCAACGAUGAGGUUCACAUUGUCUGGUCAGACCAUUGGCGCGACUACCGUCGCGACAUAAUUCCAACCGAAUUCUGUGAUAUUUUGAUUGUAAUUUAUCCGCUGGGCAACAAUCUCAACCGCGUUACCAUCAACUGUAAAGCUGACGUUCCACAUUUCGGCGUCCUAUUCGACGAGGCCAUCGUGGAGAGCAGCAUUUUGGCCGGGUUGAUGAGAGCGACUGCAAUUUGCGCCAGCAGAUCCAAGAGGAUCACUUACGAGCAUUAUCAACAAUAUUAUGAAGAGAGGGCAAGAUCCCUAGAGACGGUGGUAACAAAACAUAAGAAGAGCACCACCUACGAAGACUUGAUUUCGCACGUGUACAGCCCCAUGACAUUCGACAAUCGCGGCGGGGGAUCCCUUUGCUCCGGGGGCGGCGAUUUGUCGAGCAACUCUUCGAAUUUGGCGGCAGCUUUGAUCGAUUCCUCGCACAAAGGCGUCCAAAGGACCGAUCCCAAGUACAGAGCUUCUGACGUGUCUAGAGGCGUUUGGUUCACAAACCCAGACAUGUCUCAAAACGUGGAAUCGACCAGCAUAUCGCCGCGACCUUUAAAAAAAUUCUCCGCCAACCUGAAAAAUUCUAGGCGCUCGCUUAGGCACGACGCUUCGAUAGAAUCGCCGCCAGAAAGCCCCCUACAAAUGACGAGAAAAAAAUAA